AUGACAAGCAGUGUUAUGUUUCAUCCAUGCUUCCUUGUUGCCUCAAUUCUCUCAAAUUAUUUUAUAGGCCUUUUGGCUACAGCUGCUAGCAAUGGUGGGUUUACCGUUGAGCUAAUCCGCCCGGAUUCUCCCAAAUCUCCCUUCUACAAUGCUAACAAAACUUUUACCGGCCGCCUAAACAAAUACUAUCCAAAUGCCCUUCAAUCACGAGUAAUAGCAUACAAAGGUCAGCAUCUCAUGAAGGUCUCAAUUGGAACUCCACCGGUAGACAUCUAUGGCAUUGCUGAUACAGGUAGUGACCUUGUGUGGACACAAUGUGUACCAUGUGAUGGCUGCUACAAUCAGAUUGGUCCCAUAUUCGAUCCUCUAAAGUCCUCCACAUAUAGUGACUUUUAUUGUGAAUCAGAACAAUGUCGUCUUAUAAACACUGGCACUUGUUCUCAAAAUAUUUGCACUUACACUUAUGCAUAUGCAGAUUCUUCCAUAACCAAAGGUGUUUUAGCCCAAGAAAAAGUCACCAUGACAUCAAACUCAGGGCAAACAGUUUCUCUAGACAUUGCUUUCGGGUGUGGACACAACAAUAGCGGGAUUUUCAAUGACCAUGAAAUGGGAAUCGUUGGGUUAGGAGGAGGGUCUGUGUCCUUUGUUUCACAAAUAGGAUCCACCUUUGGUAGCAAGAGGUUUUCCCAUUGCUUGUUGCCAUUUGGUACUGAUCCUAGUAUUGCAAGCAAGAUAAGUUUUGGCAAUGGCAGUGAAGUUGUGGGUGAUGGUGUGGUUUCAACACCUUUAGUAUCCAAAGAAUAUAAGACCCCCUAUUUUGUCACACUAGAAGGAAUUAGUGUUGGAGACACAUAUGUGCCAUUUAACUCUUUAGGUAUGGUUUCUAAGGGCAACAUGUUUUUGGAUUCAGGAACACCACCAACGAUUGUGCCACAAGAUUUUUAUGAUCGAUUGGCAGUGGAAGUGCAGAAGCAAAUUGCAAUGAAUCCCAUUAGGGAUGACCCUGAUUUGGGGACACAGCUUUGCUAUAGAACUAAAUCUAAUCUUGACGGACCAAUAUUGACUGUCCAUUUUGAGGGUGCGAACGUGCAGUUAAAGCCUAUACAUACCUUCAUUUCACCUAAAGAUGGGGUUUACUGCUUUGCAAUGCAAGGUUCUAAUGGUGGUGGUAUAUAUGGCAACUUUGCUCAGGCUAAUUUCUUGAUUGGGUUUGACAUGGAAACAAUGAUGCUCUCCUUCAUGCCGACUGAUUGCACCAAACAAUAG